CUGAUAUCAUAACCUCAUUAUUCUUGUGUCGACAAUCAAGCAUGAGUAUCAUAACCGGUCGCAAAACAAGUUGGAAUUUCGUUCUAAACUAAAAGUUGAACCAGUUAAUCCACUCACAAUGGUGAAAUUAACGCCGGAAUUGAUAGAACAAUCGAUGCAAUAUAUUAAUCCUGUGCGCGAUCGUGAAUUAGAUCUCAGAGGAUACAAAAUACCCACCAUCGAGAAUCUGGGGGCGACUUUGGAUCAAUUUGACACAAUAGACUUUUCUGAUAAUGAUAUACGUAAGCUGGAUGGAUUCCCACUUUUGAAAAGAAUACAGACCUUGUUUUUUAAUAAUAAUCGCAUUGUCAGAAUUGCGGAAGGAUUGGAGCAUUGUAUACCAAAUUUGCAAACUCUGAUGUUAACUGGCAAUAUGAUACAAGAACUGGGGGAUCUAGAGCCUUUGAUACAACUAAAGAAUCUUCAAAGCUUGUGUCUGCUCCAAAAUCCAGUAUCAGCUAAGCCACACUACAGACAAUACGUUAUAUAUAGAUUUCCACAACUGAAAUUACUUGAUUUCCGGAAAAUCAAAUUGAAAGAACGUGAAAUGACAGUAGAAUACUUUAGAAGUCAUCGUGGUAAAGAAAUGGCACGUGAAAUAGCAAAGAAGGUCAAAGCACAAACGGCGGGUGCAGCUGCGGAUAAACCUCUGACCACACCUGAGGAGCGUAACAAAAUUCGUGAGGCUAUUACAAACGCAUCUUCCUUGGAAGAGGUACAAAGACUCAGCAAAUUGCUGCAGUCUGGACAUAUACCGGGUGAAGAGCGAUUGCAAAAUGGAAGCGGAGCUGUAGAACCCAUGGAAGAGGAUGAUGAUUGAGUAACUUGUUUUCUGUGUUGUAUUUAUAAUAUAAGCCUGAUGAAAAAACAUGAAGCAUCCCAUUGUAAGUAUGCAGUUAUGUGGAGUAGGAUGUGAUAUUAUGUAUAUGAUGCUGAUAAGAAAUUGUAUACUACACAGAUAGCAUCUUUUUCAAGAACACUCAUAUUGAUUUUUUAAAAUAUAAAUAAAGAUAAAAUGAUAAUUU